AUGGAGUCCCUCGAACGGACACCCUACCACGAUCCUUACACGGAGGAAUUGAAACAACAGUUAGCCGAGCAAGAAAAUCGACCAAGGCAGGAUCUUCAGACAAUCUACGAGCAUCCAGUUAUAAUCAAGCGACCUCAAUUUCGUCCGAUGGAAAUGGAUGUGUACAGCGGCAUGUCGCCGGUGCCACGGAUCAGUUCACCACAAUCGUUAGCUGAUGAAUUAAGUGAAGCCGAGAGGGAGAUUGAAAAACGGAAGAAAUCAGAACCUGAUUUGCGUACCCCAGAUCGAAUAUUCAAAGUGGUAUUCGUGGGUGAUUCAGCAGUUGGAAAGACAUGUUUUUUGCACCGGUUUUGUUACAAUCGUUUCAAGCCGUUAUUCAAUGCCACCAUUGGGGUGGAUUUCACGGUGAAAACAAUGAACGUUGGUGACCGUGUAAUCGCCCUCCAGCUUUGGGAUACUGCGGGGCAAGAAAGGUAA